AUGGCCGACAUCAACGAGGUGCUGGGGAAAUGGUACGAAGAGUUCCAACAGAUCCCCGCAGAGUGCCAUCUCCUCUGCCCACGAAUCAGCGACGAGGAUGACGAGAACUACAAGACCCUCGACGACCCCGAUUCCAGGAUUUCGAACGAGGAGAAGCAGAGUCGCAUUGAAAAGAGCAAGAAGCGAAUCGAGGUUACCUACUGGAACAGCUUGAUAUUUGGCUUCGACAAGCAGGAAGCUGGCAAAUGGCUGGAAGAUUUUACUGGGAGGCUUGAGAACUGUCUCAAAUAUUGCCCCGAAUGUGUCCUCAACUGGCAUAUGAAGCGCAAGCACCAUCUCCAAAUGUUUUCAGAGCGAUGGAACGAGGAAGCUGUUGCGCAGAUCCGUGAUCUGCUAGUAAACCUCGACGUCAAUCGAAUCGACCACAAUCUGACCUGGGCGAAGCAAUUCAUAGAAAAGAUUGAAGAGUCCGGCGCUGUUUUCAAGAAGUCACAAUUUGGCGAACAUCUCACAGAGGUCCACCUCGCCGUUUACGAGGCUCUAUGUUGUGUGGCCUAUCUGGCCAACGCAGAACAACGGGCCGUGUUUCAAUAUGUCUUCAUGCGCCUGCAGGGAAAGACGUACCUCAAACUCGGAACUAAAGAUCCGCUACCAGGAAUGACUUAUUUCCUGUUUGACCAGAAGAACGAAGACCGCCGUAGAUGGGCAGCAGAGAACUGGAAGAACAUUGACAGCGGGGCCAUGACGGAGGAGCAGUUUGAUUGGGCUGUUAACGACGGCCUCGUCAGCUCAAUAGACGAUAUUAGCAAAAAGGACCUUUCUCAAGCCACCAGCGAAAUGUAUCUGGAGAUUGAACGCUUCUGGCAAGGCUUCGAAGGUAUUCUCAGGACACUCAACAACGAAAUCAUUUUGAGCCGCCUCCGCAGCCUCGAAAUUCCAUCCGGGAGUUUCAACAUUUACGACUUGCUAUUCCGACACAUCCAGUUCUGUCGAUCCGAAGGUGUACUUGUGGUCACCAUCAAAGUUUUGUGUGGCUUGUUGAAGAAAUCCCCCAAGGCUUUUUGGGACGUCGUUGGUGACGCUCGCCCAAAUGUCAUUGCAGAUCUGCUCUUCGGCAGCCCCGUCUACAAGACUCUUUUACGACAGUCCCUAGAAGACUGUUGGUCUGUUGUCGACCUUGCGUCCCAGUUUACACCUUUCCCUACCUCGUGGAUCCAGCCGUGGCUCCAGUCUCUCAGCCGCGAUCGCAGGUACGACGCCUGCGAGGUGUUGAUGCACACUCUCUUUGAAACACUGGCAAAAGACUCUAGCAUUGGCGAACCUGGCCAAGCCGCAUGCGUUCGCGCUGGCUUUGAUGCGUUGACCUUCACCAUGAAGUCGUUUCUCGACCCAGAGACACUCAUUGCAUCGGGAAGUACACAUCUCUACGCCAGUGCUGCGUCGAGUCUUGUCGUCAAGCACCUCGGCCUGAUUUUAGCAAAUAUGAAGUCGUCUGGCCGAAAUGGAGAGAUUGAAGGCUGGACUACGUUCAAGGUUGCCGAGGCUGCCAAAGAAGUCAUGGGUGCCGCCAUGAAGCUGGACAUGAAACUGCUUUCUGAGGAAUACCAGGCCAUCCACGCAAACAAGCAGCUCCAAACAGCCAUCAUAAGAAACUCAAAGGCGUUCUGGGAGGGGGUCUUGGAAAUGUUUGAUACAUCGUCUGACCAAGUCUCCGUCGCAAAGGAUAUUUUUGUAUCCUUGGCACCCCUUAUUGCGGUGGAACAGAUCAGGCCACGAAAGAGUGAUAACAAGCUCGAAGAGUCUGGCAAGACGUUUAACAAGGCACUUGGCGACACAGCAGACGCGCUUGCCAGGAUACUCGGCCGCAUUUCAGAGCUUGAUGUUACUGACUUGAAUGACUUGUAUGCUGACCGAUUACCUUUCCAAGUCACCACUGCCUUGUCCGUGCAUGAGAACUCGGAUCUUGCAGAGGCUUCGGCGGAAGUUUUGAAGAGCUGGACUGGAGAACUUUCUCGAAGCGGUGCUCUGGAACAAAUGACACAACACCACCCAGACCAGACUCUCGCAUCUAUUGUCUGGUCUCUGGAACGCGUCCUGCGCCCUCCCUUCCCAUGGGGCCCGAUCAAACCUCUUCUAAGCAUGAGUAGAGAUGUUCUCAGGGGUCUCGCAGACCCGUCUUCGGGAGUCCUUCGAGUCAGAACUCUAGAUUCUAAAUCGGCCGCCACCGUCUUGCGCUGGUGGAAUGAGCAGUGGCGCUUCGUCUCCAAGGCGUGUCUGAACAUUGAGACGUGGUCUUUUUACAUCCCGAAUGCCAUCAUGACGGAAUUUUGCCGAGAGAUCAUGGAGCUCGCCGAAGCCCUUAUUGCUGAGGAUGGCUUGCUUACUUCCGCGACGGCGCUUGGUCGGAGUGAGAAAGACAUGAUGAUCAAGAUCCUGGCUCCGGCAAAGGACAACUUUCGUGGAAUGGAAAACAUGAUUCGGUUAAAGGAUCGCUGGCUUGUUGAUGUUACGGUUCGCGUUCUCUGCAAAAUCCUUAAACGACUUCAAGAGAAUGAUCUCGAGAUCAACGCGGGCUCUCGCAAGCUCAUUACAGAUGCAUGUCUGCCAACAGCUACCCCAGGAAAAUACGUACGAUCUACAAACUUGACCGAUCAGCAGCGUGCAGAACUUCUUCAAGCGCUGGGACAAACCGAUGACGAAGUGCAGAUCUACCAACAAGGGCUAAGCGCACAGCAACGCCAAGAACAGGCACUCAAGGACAAGUCUAAGAAACAGAGCAAACUUGAUGCGUGGUCCAAAUCGGCGCCUGCAACUGCUUCAUCGUCGGCUACUGCUACUACGUCCAAACUUGUCGAAAACCCACUGCUCAAACAAAUCGAGGCACGCCAAGCCAGAGCAAAGGCCGCCAAACUCCCCGACCAAAGAGCUAUAAGUGCCCUGAAGGAAAGCAGACAAAGAGAAAAGCUGGAAAAGGCAAAGCGAGAUGCCGAGGCCAUUGCGCGGGCCAGGGCGCUUCGUGGGGAGUUUGUCAAAGGCGAAGGCUCAGGCCUUGCAGGCCUUGGGCUCACCGGCAAGGAUCAUUCGAGAAGUGAAAUCAUGGUCAACAGCUCUGACGAAGAAUCCGAGGCUGACAGCGAUGAUUCGGAUGCCGAUAAUCAGCUUGCUGCGUUGAGCACGGGAGGCCAAAAGUCCUUGACCGACGCUGAGAAGCGGCGCCGUCAAGCCCUGCAAGAUAAACUACGCCAGCCAGUAAAAAAGGCCAGACAGCAGCGCUCCGUCAAGGAGAUGAGAGCCCGGCUCAUCCCUCCAAUGGAUCGACUUCACAACACCAUCCUCGCCUGGGAUAUAUUCCAUGGUGGUAACGACCCUCCCAACGGCCCCAAGGCCUCCGAGGUCGCUACCAAGUACGUGGACCCAAGGUCAUACCAAGAGACCUUCUUCCCGUUGCUUGCAUCUGAGGCCUGGCGCUCCUUUGUCACAUCAAAGGACGAAAUAACCACCCAGUCGUUUGGCAUGAAGAUUGCCAGCCGCGCAAGUGUCGACAGCUACCUGGAAGUGACGUUUACAAUGCCCGUAACCCCACAGCGAGAUCGUGGUGUCUUUGAGGGCGACAUUCUCCUUGUAUCUGAAGCAGAAAAUCCCCUGGUGGAUGAAUCUGCAAAACAUUGUCUGGCCCGAGUCCAUCGUAUCACUUAUAAAAAAGACACCGUCGAGGUGACGUAUCGCGUAGCUUCUCGUAAUAAUCAACUCUCGCCCAUGUUGACCCCUGGCGCCACCGUAUAUGGUGUGAAAAUCACCAACAUGGCGACCAUAGAGAGAGAGUAUGCCGCCCUGGAGAGUCUGCAGUAUUACGAUCUCAUGGACGAGAUCUUGAAGGCAGAACCGUCACCAAUUCUGCGCUACGGAGAGGAGCGCGUAUCCAAUUACAUGGAUAAUUGGGCUUUAAAUCGAGGUCAAGCCCUCGCCGUACUUGGCGCACAAGAGAAUGAUGGAUUCACCUUGAUCCAAGGACCCCCCGGUACAGGAAAAACCAAGACCAUUGUAGCAAUGGUUGGCUCUCUUCUGUCUGAACAGCUUGCACAGGCUCCUCUCGCUGCAGCAGGAGUUCCUCUUGGUGUUCCAGUGAGGCCUAUCGGUGCCCCUGCGGGCAACCAGGCCCGGCCAAAGAAACUUCUUGUUUGUGCACCGAGUAACGCUGCCGUAGAUGAAUUGGUGCUUCGAUUGAAGAGUGGCAUCAAGACAGUAAAUGGCAAAACCCGAAACAUCAACGUCCUUCGUCUGGGAAGAAGCGAAGCUAUUAACGCCGCUGUCAAAGACGUUACCCUAGAUGAGCUAGUGAAAGCCCGUCUCGAAGGGGAUACAACCAAGGACAAAGCCAAAGCGGAUAGAGACAAACUGCACGAAGAGGCUGCCCAGCUGAAGGAGCAAUUAGCGCAGCUCAGGCCAAGAUUGGACGAGUCUCGCAACCAGGAUGACCGAUCACUGCACAACUCUCUAUCAAGGCAGUUUGAUGAGCUGAAGCGAAAACAAAUACAGAUCGGAAAGCAGAUCGACGCUAACAAAGACAGCGGUAACUCGAUCGCGCGUGAGAUGGAACUACGUCGCCGACAGAUUCAGCAGGAGAUUCUGAAUUCUGCCCAUGUUCUGUGCGCGACACUCAGCGGAAGUGGACAUGAAAUGUUCCGAAACUUGGACGUGGAAUUCGAGACAGUCAUCAUUGACGAGGCGGCUCAGUGCGUGGAGCUGAGCGCCUUGAUUCCAUUGAAGUACGGAUGCUGCAAGUGUAUUCUGGUCGGUGAUCCCAAGCAAUUGCCUCCCACAGUUCUGUCGCAAUCUGCGGCUAGGUUUGGCUACGAUCAGAGCUUGUUUGUCCGAAUGCAACAAAAUCACCCAAAGUCGAUUCACUUGCUUGACAUGCAGUACCGAAUGCACCCUGAGAUCAGCUCGUUUCCCAGCAGGGAAUUCUACGAGUCACAACUACAGGAUGGCCAGGAUAUGCUUCAGCUUCGCCAGGCUCCAUGGCAUAAAGACACCCUGUUUGCUCCCUACCGAUUUUUCGACGUCGAGGGUGUACAGGAGAAAGGUAGAAAGGGCCAAUCGCUUGUCAAUACAAGGGAGCUUGAGGUGGCGCUGCAAAUGUACGAGAGAUUUAGCAGAGACUACCACGAGUGUGACUUGACGCGAAAGAUUGGUAUCAUAACACCUUACAAGGCACAACUCUACGAAUUGCGGUCUCGCUUCCAGGCCCGGUAUGGCGAAAACAUUACCAACAUCAUCGAGUUCAACACAACGGACGCUUUCCAGGGACGAGAGUGUGAAAUCAUCAUUUUCUCAUGCGUCCGAGCUAGUGCCACGGGCGGCAUUGGUUUCAUGACGGAUAUUCGCCGUAUGAAUGUCGGUCUGACACGAGCAAAGUCAUCGCUGUGGAUUCUAGGUGACUCGCGAGCUCUUGUCCAGGGAGAGUUCUGGCGCAAGUUGAUCGUUGACGCCCAAGACCGAGACCGAUAUACAAAGGGUGAUAUUCUCUCCAUGUUCCGACGCCCGCUUGAAAAGGCAAAGCCAAACGCAUAUACGCCAUCAUCCGGCCGAAGCUCUGCUGUUGCAACCCCGACAAACCCCCCACAACCACCCCCUCAGCAGAUGGAUAUUGUCAUGAGAGAUGCUUCUCGUAAUGACCCUGCAGAUGCAACCCCCAGCGCUAGUAAUAGCGGAAAUCCGGGCCCAACAACAUCGUCUGGGUUAGAUACGGUUAUGCCGCGCUCAAACGGGCCUCCAAUUAUCCAUACAUCAGGCGGUAUGGAAACCAAAAAGCGACCGCUGGACUCUUCUGAACCAGGCCAGACAAUUGCGAAUGACGGUUCGCGGCCAAGCGGUGGUCUUAUGGGCAAGUUUGGCCAGAAACCUAGGCCUAUCAGACCCCCAACCGACCCUUCUGCGAUGUCAUUGCUUGGAAUGGUGCCGCCAGAACGGCCUCCGCCAGUUAUCAAUCCUGUCCCUCCAGCAAUGCCAAGACCAGCGCCACCAACAGGUCCUGCUGCAGCGAAUGGUAAUGUGAGUGAUGGUUGA